GAGCUGUCUGCGGCUCCCCUGGGGCUCCUGAGGGCCAUUGCCAGGCCAGGCCAGGGCCUCUGAAGAGCAGCCUAGUGCCUGGCUGUUCUCAGUGGCCCUGAUGGCACGGCUUGAAAGAGCCCCGGUGUGCUUUGCAGCUGCUCCUGGGAGGCCCCUGUUGGACAUCUUGGGCUGCAGCCCCGGCCAGGCAGAAGAGCAGAGGCCAGGCCAGGACGCCGGGGACAGCGACGGUGCCGCCGUGCCCCGCUGCAGCGGGGCUCCUGCAGCCGCCUGUGCGCGCUGCCCCGGCCCCGCGGAGCCGCUCGCCAGCCCGAGGGCUGUGAGGCGGUGGCCGCUGCCCGGCGCGCAGCAGGAAGCAGGGCAAAAGAAGGAGCUGCAGGAGCUCUACCAGCUGGGCCCGCAGCUGGGCAGCGGUGGCUUCGGCACCGUUUUCGCGGGGACCCGCCUCUCGGACGGCCGCCCGGUGGCCAUCAAGCACGUGGCCCGGGAGAGCGUCCUGCAGUGGGACGAGCGGCCCGACGGCACCCGUGUUCCCAUGGAGAUUGUGCUGAUGGAGAAGGUGGGCUCAGGCUGCCACAGCAUCAUCCAGCUCCUGGACUGGUUCGAGCUGCCUGACAGCUUCGUGCUGGUGCUGGAGCGUCCGGAGCGAUCCCGGGAUCUCCUGGAGCUCCUGCAGGAGCAGGAGUUCCUGAGCGAGGAGGCGGCGCGCUGGCUUUUCUGCCAGGUGCUGGAGGCCGUGCGGCACUGCACCGCCUGCGGCGUCCUGCACCGGGACAUCAAGGCAGAGAACCUCCUCGUGGACCCGGAGAGUGGCGACCUGAAGCUCAUCGACUUCGGUUGCGGCACCUUUCUCCAGGAGCACCUCUUCAGGGAAUAUUUCGGAACACCCAUGUACUGCCCGCCCGAGUGGAUCUGCCUGCGCUGCUACCACGGCCACGCGGCGACCAUCUGGUCCCUGGGCGUGCUGCUCUAUGUCAUGGUCUGCGGCAUCCUCCCCUUCCAGGACGACCAUGACAUCGUGUCGGGGCAGCUCAUCUUCCGGCCGCAGGUCUCUCCAGAGUGCCGGCAUCUGAUCCACUGGUGUUUGGCCAAGCACCCCGUGGACCGGCCGCAGCUGGAGGAGAUCUUGCGCCACCCGUGGGUGUGGGGCGGGUGCCUGUGAUGCCUCGCUGGAG